AUGUUCAAGUCCCUCCUAGUUUUGUUGCUUGCUUUCCUUGCUGUCGUCUCGGCCACCGUCCACAACGAGGAUGACAACAACCAGAAGAGACGCCUUCAAACGAGUGCUCCCGUAGUGUUUGUCCCUGUUGCUGUCCCAGUCGCUGUCCCCGUGGCGGUUCCUGUGAUGGCAACUCCCAUCAUGGUUCCCACCAUGCCUGCUGUUGGUACCUCCAAGUCAGGUAAAGGUAAAGGUAAAGGAGGAUCUUCCGCCAAGGGCCCCAAGUCCGCGAAGGGCCCCAAGACCGCCAAGCGAACCUUUGUGGCCGAAGCCAGAGGUGCUAGAUUGUACAUGGACGGCACUCGAAAGUAA